AGAGCAGCAGCAGAGAGAGAGAGAGAGAGAGAGAGAGAGAGAGAGAGAGAGAGAGAGCCCAGCCCACUUGUACAAAACCAUUCACCUCGUGCAUAGUGAGCAGUCCCAGAGCGCUACGCUGCUUCCCCAGGGCUCGUCCACAAGACGCCUGCCUUUGCCAUCCAAACUUCUCAGAGACACAGAACAAGAGAGAGAGAGAGAGAGAGAGAAGAGAAAGAAGAACACCUACAAGUGAAGCAACCAGCAGAACUAUUCCUCUUCUUCAGUCAUCACCUCUCGUCACAGAAGCUCUCUUUUCAGCAACGAGGAUUACUCUUUUUUAAUCCUUUGCUUGAUUUCAGUAGGUCAAACUUUUUUUUUUUUAAACCUGUCAGAUUGAACACAUCACCAGUUACGUUACAAGACAGGUAGUUUUCUGGAGGAACCGUUGAUCAGGAGGAAAAAGUUUUUUUUUUCUUUUUUAUUUCUUUUAGUUAGUUAGACUGCUGUGGUCAGUUUGCAUCAUUUCUACAGCCUCCUGCUCCAAGGAUGACGCUACUGCCUGCAAUGAGUGUAGCACUGCUGCUCCUGGCUCACUGCUAUUCUCUUAAUGCCAUGGCCACCUCGGGCACCUUAGCAUCCUCGACCUCUUCGGCAUCGGACUGUCCCUCUUGUGCCAUGGCGAGGCUGCGGAGGAGUGGCGCGGAGGCAAUAUUGAAGGAGGAGGAGGCGCAGCAGGAUGUGGUGGAGGCGGUGAAGAGGCACAUCCUCAGCAUGUUGCACCUGCAGGAUCGGCCCAACAUCACACACCCAGUGCCCCGUGCUGCCCUGCUCAAUGCCAUCCGCAAGGUCCAUGUGGGCCGCGUGGCCAAGGACGGCAGCGUGCUGAUCGACGACGAGCCUCACGGACGCCUCGAGGCCGAGAACAGCGAACAAACUGAAAUUAUCACCUUUGCCGAAGCUGGUGAAACCCCGGGUCUGAUAAACUUCCUCAUCUCUAAAGAGGGUUACGAGAUGUCUGUGGUGGAACAGGCGAAUGUCUGGAUUUUUCUGCGGCUUCCAAAAGGCAACCGCACUCGCACAAGCGUCACCAUUCAACUGUACCUGCAGCAGCUGGACUCCGGGGAGAAGCUGGUUGCCGAGAAAGCAGUCGACACUAGACGUAGUGGCUGGCACACUUUCCCCAUGGCAUCUAGUAUGCAGUCUCUGCUGGAACGUGGCAUAAGUGCACUGAACCUGCGUGUCUCGUGCCCAUCGUGUGCUGAUGCUCGUGCUACGCCGGUCCUGGUGACUCCUGGAGGAGGAGGAGAGCGAGAACAGUCUCACCGGCCUUUUCUGAUGGCUGUGGUGCGUCAAAUGGAGGAAAAUGGGCAAAGACGGCGCCGCAAGCGUGGCCUGGAAUGCGACGGCAAGGUACGCGUGUGCUGCAAGCGUCAGUUCUAUGUCAAUUUUAAAGACAUCGGCUGGAACGACUGGAUCAUUGCACCGACUGGCUACCACGCCAACUACUGUGAGGGUGAAUGCCCAAGCCACGUGGCCAGCAUUACCGGCUCAGCACUUUCCUUCCAUUCCACUGUCAUCAACCACUACCGCAUGCGUGGUUACAGCCCCUUUACUAGCAUCAGGUCUUGCUGUGUCCCCACACGCCUCCGUGCCAUGUCUAUGCUCUACUACAACGAGGAGCAGAAGAUCGUCAAGAAGGACAUCCAAAACAUGAUUGUGGAGGAGUGUGGCUGCUCAUAAGACAAAAAAAUAAAUAAAUAAAUAAAUAAAGACACAAAAACAAGCAAAAGAGCAGGGAAGGACAGAAAAGAGUGCCGAGUUUGGCUUGCAGGCCAGGGUAGGGAGGGAACAGGGACCAGUGCCUGAACGGUAAGGACUUGGGCAAAAAGAAAAAAGCAGUGAGGUGAAGGGAUGAGGGAAAGAGCUUGAAAGAGCACUCUUCAUCUCUCUAUCACACUCAGACUCCCAUACAACGACAGGCCUCUCUCUCGACACGGUAGCUGCUUGAACUUGGCUGUCUGAAAAUCCAGGGGGUAUCUAUAGCUUGGAGCAGUUUCUGUGGCACUUUCAGAAGAAAAAAAAAAUAAAUAUAUAAUAUAUUUUUGCUACAAAGCUGAGGGGAAGAAGUGAGAUGAUAUUUAUGCGAGCGAGUGCAGUGCGGUCACGCCAAAACAUCCCGCAUAAGGGAGUGACCAUGAGGAUGAGGUGCCUGAAAAAGCAAAUCUCAAAACUAUGCAACUUGUCAAGUAUUAAGAUUUAUUUUUCAUCAAUGUGUUGUUUUGGUUAACUAUUUACUUUUACAAACUUAAAAAAAAAGGAAGUUGACUUUUUAUACUUUUUUGAAAGUAUAUUUGAUGUCUUGUGUGUUUGUAUGUGUACAUGUGUGUGUUUGCGUGUGUGUGUAUGUGUUGUUGAGAGAUACUUGAAAGAAGUUUGACGGGCUGCUGGAACCAAACAUUUCUGUUUAUUACUAUUAUUCUAAUUAUUCUAACUUUGUUAUUAUUAUUUGUUAUUAUUAUUAUUAUUAUUAUUAUUAUUAUUAUUAUUAUUAUUAUUAUUAUUUUUCUUUCCUUUUUACUAUUUUAAAAAUGAGACGUUUACAGUUUGCACUAUACCAUCAGCAUGGCCACAUAUACAAAUAUGGUAUUUAGCGAAAAACGAGAAGCACUUCAAAAAACGGACAAAAUCUUAUUCGAGUAGGUUUGACCAGGUGGGGAAAUGUGAGGAAGAUGAGUUAGGAGUGAGAAACAGACAAAACCCUCUACACACCUGUGUUAUGUUAAUUGCAAACUUAGAACUAAACACCAAAGACUUUAGGUUCAUUAAAAAAAAAAUAAAACAACAAAAAAAUAAAUAAAUGCAUAUAGUUUUUCUUCUUCUCCGAACAGUCUUUCACAAAUCCGUCCAUGUCAAACCCAAGCAAAUGCCCUGAAUAACUGAUCCAUCCCAAAAUAAUUCUCAAUUGUUUGUGCUUUUUUUUUUUUUUGGCACUGCUGCACUCUCCACGUGUGUUUAACCAUCUAAAUGUUAAACACAGCACUUAAACCAACAUUUUUUUGAGUUUUCUUCUUGUUUUUUUUUUUUUUUUUUUUUUUUUAAAUGAAUGGAUGAAAAUGAAUGUGCAGCGUUGAUAUUUAAAUAAAUUGGGAGAUGAAUUGCUGAAUGAUCUGUUUAGGUAUUUAUAAAAUAAUUCACCAAAUAUUGGAACGACCCUGUAUGACCCAAACAAUAUCACUAUUUUGUUUUACAGAUGUAACUACAGGUAAAUGCA